AUGAGUGAGGAUCAUUUGGUAAAAAGAGGAUUAGUUAAGCAAGUCUUGAGCGGAGAUUCUGUGGUUUUGCAAGGUCCAGCUACAAAUGGUCCUCCCAAGGAAAUUACUAUUUAUUUGAGUAAUGUUGCUGCUCCACGCUUGGCCAAAAGGCCUGUUGAAGGAGGUUCUGAAGGGUCGAAUGAUGAGGUAAAAAUGGCGUAAUUUUUGUGGGAUGAUUGGAGCUUUUUUGUUUUGUUGUUUCAAACUUGCAAUAAUAAUCUGUUUUUAGCCUUAUGCUUGGGAAGCCCGUGAAUUUAUAAGAAAAAAGAUUGUUGGAAAAACAGUUGUCUUCAUCAGAGACUUCCUUGCGACUUCUGGACGUGAGCACGGUAGGAUUUACUUGGGCGGUACUUCUCCUGACGAUGCCGAGAACAUCGCCGAAAGUGCGGUAUUAGCCGGAUGGUUAGAAGUUAAACAAGGAAAACAAGUUGAGUAAGUAUAUUGUUUUCUUUUUUAUUUGGUUUCUUUAGUGAACACACAGAGAAGCUUUUGGCCGCCCAAGAGAAGGCCAAGUCUUCAAAACUGGGACGUUGGGCUGAAGACGGUAACUCUCAAGCUCAUGUUCGUGACAUUAUCUGGCAAGUGGAAGACUUGAGAGAGUUGGUUGAUAACAACAAAGGCAAAGCUUUCGAUGCAGUUGUUGAACAAGUCCGUGACGGUAGUACGUUGAGAGUAUUCCUUCUACCCGACUUCCAGUACUUGACUGUUAUGAUCAGUGGAAUCAAAGCUCCAGCUGCCAAAGUCGGACAGAACGGACGAAAUGAACCAUACGGUGAGGAAGCCAAGUUCUUCGUUGAGUCUCGUAUUCUUCAACGUGACGUUAAGAUCUACUUGGAAGGUGUCUCUAACCAGAACGUUGUUGGAAGCGUAAUCCAUCCACGAGGAAACAUUGCCGAGCUUCUAGUUGAAGAUGGUUACGCAAGAUGUGUUGAAUGGACGUUAAACUUGGUGACUGAAGGACCACAGAAGUACAGAGAAGCUGAAAAGUAGGUUUUUAAUUUAUUGCGCUGUUUAGUAUUUGUAUUUUUGUUGUAUUACUAUAUUAUAAUUUGGAUAUUAUGAUUUGUAUAACUUUUGCUUUUAGACGCGCUAAGGCCGCCAAACUUCGUAUUUGGGCGAACUACGUUAGCACAGCUUUGCCAGCUAGUCAAAGAAAAACUUCUAACGUCAAGGUCAUUGAAGUAGGUCUCGGAGAUAACAUUACCGUUCUGAAGGACAACGGCGAAGAAGAGAAAGUCUUCUUCUCAUCUUUGAAGGGUGUUCCAAGGCCUGGUACUGCCAAGAGGCCAUUGUAUGAUACUCCUUGGAUGUUCGAAGCUCGUGAGUUUUUGAGAAAGAGAUUGAUUGGAAAGAAGGUGCAACUUACUCUGGACUACAUUCAACCUCAACAGGAAAAGUUCCCAGAAAAGCACUGUUAUUCUGUUAUCUACAAUGGACAAAACAUUGCUGAAAAGCUGAUUGAAGAAGGUUUGGCCAAAGUGUUGAGACAUAAACAAGAUGACGAAAACAGGUCGGUUCAUUACGACGAUUUGCUGGCCGCUGAAUCUAACGCAGAAAAAGAAAAGAAGGGAAUAUGGAAUCAGAAGGAGACCGGGCUCAUUCGUGUCAACGAGAUUCAAAAUGAUUUGGCUAGAGCUAAGACGUACUUGUCCACUUUCCAACGUGGGUCAAGACCUUCUGGCAUUGUCGAAUUUGUAUCAAGCGGAUCCAGACUCAGAGUAUACAUUCCAAAGGAAAACGCCGUUAUUACUGUAGUACUUAGUGGAAUUAGUUGUCCAAGAACUGCCAGGCUUAUCCAAGGCAAACCACAAGGAGAAAGCGAACCAUUUGGGGAAGAAGCAUACAACUUUACACGCCGCAAUGUUCUGCAAAGAGAAGUUCACCUUGAUAUUGACUCGAUCGACAAAAGUGGUGGCUUCAUCGGUUUUGUUUUCUACCAAGGAGAAUCAGGACAAGUCAAUUUAGCUGAACAGCUGGUCGAACAAGGAUUGGCUUCUGUCCACUUCACUGCUGAGAAGACCAAGUACUACAAUCAGUUGCUGAACGCUGAAAAGAGAGCUCAAGACCAAAAGCUUCGUUUGUGGAAGGAUUACGUUGAACACGCUGCAACUGAAUCUUCUGCACAAGUUGAAGCCAAUGAUGUAAGCGAAAGAAAGCUGAACUUGAAGAAGGUCCUUGUCAGUGAAGUUGCUAAAGGAAACCUACACUUCUUUAUCCAGCAGUACGAAGAUGGUAAGUAGCAAUUAUGAUAUUUUUGAAGUUUUUGAUUACAUUUUCUAUUUAUUAUAAUUUUAGGUCCAAUUAUUGAAAAAUUGAUGGCUGAUUUGCAACGUGAGGUCGGUACCCCCACAACAUCUUACACUCCAAGAAAGAACGAACUUUGUGCUGGUUUCUUCAAGGAAAUUAACCUAUGGCACAGAGUCAAGGUUGAGAGCAUCAAGGGAGGCAAUGCUGAUAUUGUCUACGUUGACUUUGGAAACGUAAGUGUUUUUCAUUUUGUAAACAUUAUAAAUUUAGAGAGAAACCGUCCCAACUUCUUUGUUGGCUCCUCUUCCGACUUCCUUGGUUUCACAACAACCGUUGGCCAAGGAAUACAAACUAGCUUUGGUUCAACCUCCAAAUGAUGCUGACUUUGCUGCCGAGACUGACGCCGCUUUCCAAGAUAUCACGCGAAGCGUUGAGUACGUGGAGAUGAAUCCUGAAUACAGAAUUGGAACUCUUCAAGCUGUUACCCUCUACUUCCCAGGACAAGAUAACAAGUCUGUGGACUUGGGCAAGUACCUUGUUGAGCAAGGACUGGCUCUCACUGAGCACCGUCGCGAACCAAGGUUCCAAAAACUUGUAAGGUUUUGCUCUAGUAAUUUUUUAUAUUCUUGUUGAUUCAACUUUUAGUACAACAUAAUUAUUUUUAUUUUCAGGUGAAGGAAUACGAAGAAGCGGAAGCCACCGCACGUCGUGAACGUCGCAACAUCUGGCGCUACGGUGAUUUCACAGGACAAGAUGUCUAA